CCAGUUUCUCAAGCUGUGACUAUAAAAUCCCAUAGUUUUCCUGGGGAAGUCAGACAUCGUCCUCCAAGGAGCUGCAGCAAUGAAGGCAUUAGUGCUCACCCUCCUCUUCCUCUUCAUUGCAGCCAAUGAAGCCAAAGUAUACACCAAAUGUGAACUGGCUUCAAUUCUGAAACGAAGUGGCAUGGAUGGAUAUUAUGGCUACAGUUUGGGCAACUGGAUCUGUAUGGCUUAUUACGAGAGCAGAUACAACAGCAGAACUGUGGGGCCACGAAACUGGGAUGGAAGUCGCGACUAUGGGAUUUUCCAGAUAAACAGCCGUUGGUGGUGCAACAAUAACCAGGGCCGUACAGCUAACGGCUGCAAUAAGGCUUGCAGUGCUUUCACAAAUGAUGACAUCACAGAUGAUAUUGCUUGUGCUAAGAGAAUUGUGCGUGAUCCCAAUAGGAUGGACGCCUGGGUUGCCUGGAGAAACAACUGCAAAGGAAGAAAUCUGUCAAAAUGGACCAGUGGGUGCAGGCUCUGAAUGUGAUGAUCCUUCAUUUCUCUUUCUCCUCCUGUCAUGAAAACAAUAUUAUUCCUUAUAUAACCACACUGAGCAGUUUGAUUCUAUGCCUACACUCCACAUAUUGGGGAGAAUGAGUUUCUUUGCAUACAAACAAUGGUUUUGAAAUGGUUUCUGGGUGGAAGA